GUUUUGUUUUUCCUCGUUCGUCUUCGUCCUGCAGGCAGCAUGAUGUCCUAUUUGAAACAACCGCCGUACACGGUGAACGGAUUGAGUUUAUCUACCUCAGGAGUGGAUUUGCUGCAUCCUUCGGUGGGAUACCAAGCGACCCCUCGCAAACAGAGGAGAGAGAGGACAACCUUUACGCGGGCCCAGCUCGAUGUGCUAGAGAAUCUUUUCUCCAAGACUCGUUAUCCUGACAUCUUCAUGAGAGAGGAGGUGGCCUUAAAGAUCAACCUGCCUGAAUCCAGAGUCCAGGUGUGGUUCAAGAACAGACGAGCCAAACAUCGACAGCAGGUGCAGCAAAGCCAGAGCGGAGCGCAGAAGUCUGUCAGCAGGCCGGUGAAGAAGAAGUGCUCCCCGGUGAGGGAGGUGAGCUCAGAGAGCGUCGCCAGCAGUCAGUUCACGCCGCCCUCAAGCGCCUCCAUCCCUCCUGUGAGCAGCAGCGCUGCGCCGGUGUCCAUCUGGAGCCCGGCCUCCAUCUCUCCACUCCCCGACCCGCUGUCCUGCACCUCCUCCUCCUCAUCCUCCUGCAUGCAGCGCUCCUACCCCAUGACCUACACCCAGGCGUCGGGCUACAACCAGGGAUACACGGGCACCUCGUCCUACUUCACCGGGAUGGACUGCGGCUCCUACCUGUCGCCGAUGCACCACCAGCUGUCCGCCGCCGGCUCAGCCGCCAUGAGCCCGAUGGGCGGCCACAUGAGCCCCGCGUCCGCGCUCUCCUCCUCGUCGUACGGAGCGGCGGAUCUGGGCUUCAGCGGCGCCGCAGACUGUCUGGACUACAAGGACCAAACAGCCUCGUCGUGGAAACUCAAUUUCAACGCGGACUGUUUGGAUUAUAAAGACCAAUCGGCGUGGAAAUUUCAGGUGUUGUGAGCGCUUUUUACGCACGAACACGACCCAACUUCUACAUCGGACAGAGGACUGGCGGCUGCGUGUGUCACUUGUUGGACAUUCAGACAAACUUCUCCUUAAACUUUGAUCGUGGACGCGGAACAAAUUGACCAAAA